AUGCUAUAUCGAGCAAUAAAUGGAGAUACUGCUGGUCCUGAACGCAGAGAAGAUCCAGGAAUGGUUCCUCAUGCCCCACAUGGACCCCAUCGUUAUGAAGGUCCACCUACACCUUGCCCCGCUCGAGUAGAAUACGCUACACCGGUAUUCGCUAGAAACUACCAAGGAGUAUGGCGUUAUGUUGUCCAAAUACCCUAUGAAGGCUACUUUACACAAACUGUGGAGGUCACACGGUGCAUGCAGUCUCGGUGCCAUUAUCUAGAAGGCGGUUGCCUCAGUUCUCCCCGUUGGGUGUCUCUUCUCGUCGCUGAACUCCAUUAUCCGCCAACACAGCAUGAACAGGAUUAUCAACAAUACCCUGGUCAAACGGGUGAAGUCACCACUGAGAAGCCAAUGCAUUGCGAUGGGCACGAUGAACUAGGCUGCUAUCAGGUACGUUUAUACUACGACUGGUUCUUAGUUCCUGGCUCAUGCAAGUGUUGGAGACCAGACUAUUUUGCGCGGUACGUCAGACGCAGACAUAACGAACUGUAA